AGUAGUAGUAGCAUCCCCUUUCUCUGGAAAACAGCGGUCAAGGAUGAACCGUCUGUUUACGAGCAGCGCAGAUCUGCGCGGGUGCACCGCUGUCGUGCUGGGUAGCUUCAGUUGCCAAAAGCGCUUUUGGUCAAAACCGAAGAAACGACCGAAGGUUGGCACCGGCUUCCACGAGAAGGCGCAGAGGUGGCGCGAUGAGUAUUUGCUAGACAGCCACCGCGUUCUUGCCGACAGCCUGCGCGCCUACGUCGACUUCAGCUCGACGAAACGAUCUGAGCCGUGGGACACCCGCUUUGCCCCAUUUGACCGCGUGGAGAAAGAUGGCGUGUACAUCAUCACGCGCUAUCUGAUGGAUGACAAGUUGCAGCUGUGCAACUACCACCACCGCCCUGUGAAGCGGAUGCUGUGUAAUGUGGGGUUGAUGGGCCCGCAGGUGACGACGACGGCGCGGUGGAAGCCCUAUCGCUAUGCCACGAAUCCCGCGAACACCACGAGGGCCGAGCGCACCUUUACCAAGGACAAGACGGUGCUUACGGGCUAUCACCACGAUUGA